AUGCGCGCGCCUGGCGAAGGCAUCUCUACGCAACAUCGAAGCAAGAAAGAACGUAACCGAAAAUAUGCUCUGGCAACUGCCGAAUCGAAUUGCUCGGAAGCCGUCAACAGGAUGCUGGUAUCAGAGUCAUCGAAUGCCCUUGAGCCUCAGAGCCAAUCCGCUGCAACACAUCAAUCAGUGAACAGCACCGAACAAGAGAAAUCGAUGGUUGAUGGCAAAGACAUCGCUGCUCUGUUCCGCGAAUACCAGCAAAGAGCUGACCUUCUCCCGAACCUCUGCCACUGGAAUCAAGCAUUCAAGAAAUUCUUGCAUUGUCAGAUGUGCAAAUUGGGUGUUUUUGGGGAGAAACUGCUGAAGAACUUGGUGAAACAUCAAACGGAAGCAUUGCUUAACAACGUUCCCGAAGAUGCCCCGAAUUUCACGAACGAUGAUUUUCGUGACAACGCUGCCAAGCUCCAUCUUUUGACGCUGGCGGCCAGCAUGGAUUCUUCCAAGUCCAAUGUCGUCGAAGGCAUUUCUGAUUUGUUGGCCAAGUUGCCGCUUGAUCCCAUCACCGACAAGGACAAGUUGGGGGAGGUAGAUCCGUAA